AUGGUCGAUAAUUCCGACAAAUGUACGAUAUGUUUGAACACAUACACCCUGACAGAUGCACACAGACCAACAUCACUCGAAUGCGGUCACCUUUUUGGCAAUUCUUGCAUAAGAAAAUGGUUUAACAAGCAAAAAAGCGCCCUUUGCCCGACAUGCACCAAAACGUGCCGAUUGCGCAAUUUGCGCCCGAUUUACGCCACACAAAUAAUUGCGUGCGAAAAUGAUGGAAGUGUGGAGCGCAUUAUUGCUCUACAGGAAGAGAGAAAUAGGAUGGAAAUGGAAAACGUGAGAUUGAUGACACUCAUAGAGCUGUUGCAAAAGGAAUUGAAGAAAGGAGCUUCGUCCAAAAAGAAUGAACGUGCAGAUGUCGUUGCGUAUAGGUUUAUAAGGAGGUGCCCGUUCGUACUAAAGGAUAAGAACAUUUUUGUUGAGUAUGAGCAGUGCGAGAAUGCGGUUCUGAUGACGUUUUGCAAUGAGCAGGCGUUUGGACUGAAAAAAAUCGAUGGAAUGGACAUGGCAAGUGUGGAAAUAGUGUUUCAGGUGAAAUAUAAGGAACUGGCUGCAUUGACCCGGCAGGACAGUUCCACGUGCGCUGAUAAAAGGACCGUUCGCAUAAAAGACUUGAAGGUGUCCCCAUUCAAUGACAGUACCGUAAUUCUCUGCUACGAGAACACCGUUAAAAUGGUAAAUACCGCCAACAAUUCAGUUCUCAUGAGCCUAUCGCUACAAGAAGAGAUAACAAGCCUAACAUACGAUCAUACAGACAGAAACGUAAUAUUUGCAGGUGAUGUCAAGGGAUACGUGUACCGCAUAGACCUGACGGGCGAUAUCUCAAGGACACAAAUAGGUGACAGUGCCAUUCAUUCGAUGCACAAGAUAAGCAGCGUUGUGUACUGCGGAUGUGUCAACGGGGUGUACGUGUACGACCGCAGGAUAGAAAAGUACGAAAUGCUCACCAUUACGAAUUUGACGGGUGAUGACAGAGGUAUCCUGGUCACGGUAAGAGACAGGAGCACAAUGGUGAUGCAUUUACUGAUAGAGAACAAUACUAAAAUGGCAGAGGAACAUGGAAACACCGAUGAUUACAUCUUUAACAAGCAUUUUUUUAAUUUUAAAGAGACGAAGCGGUUGAGAGAUCGUGUCUGUGAUGGUAAUAUGUUCGUGAUUAAUAACGAAAAGAAAGCGGUAAUGGUGUACGACAUAGUAGGGAAUAUCAGAAAGAUACUUUGGUGCGGUGAGAUAAUUACGGGGUUCUGUAUUGGAGUGGACAAGAUCUACAUUCUAACAUGCAAAGGGUUUAUGAUUUAUGGAGUGUAA